UGUUGAGGCUUCAUCGGUCUUUCGCUUUACACAACAAAGGGCAAACCGCCUUCACGUCAACACGGACUUCAGGGUGAAACUUUUCCACGAGCGUCCUCCGGUUUGCUUGUUGUCCAGAAAAGCUGAAAGCCUCGCGCAGCCCAGACAGGAGACGCCAAACUGUCGUGGAAAUUAGACAACACUCGCAGACUCGUCCUCUGAAGAAACAUGGCCACCCCUCCAUCCUACACUGAUCUCGGCAAAGCAGCAAAGGACGUUUUUAAUAAGGGAUAUGGGUUUGGGCUGGUGAAGCUCGAUCUGAAGACCAAGUCAGCCAAUGGAGUGGAGUUUAAGACGUGCGGCUCGUCCAACAUCGACACGGGAAAAGUGAGCGCAAAUCUGGAGACCAAGUACAAAUGGGAUGAGUACGGAGUGACCUUCACUGAGAAGUGGAGCACAGACAACACACUCGGUACUGAGAUCAGUGUGGAGGACCAGCUCACUAAAGGACUGAAGGUGACCUUUGACACAUCAUUCUCUCCAAACACAGGGAAGAAGAGUGGGAAAGUGCAGGCGGCGUAUAAGUGUGAGUACGUGAACAUGGGCUGUGACGUGGAUUUUGAUUUCUCCGGGCCGCUGGUUCACGCCGCCGGCGUUAUCGGGUACGACUCCUGGCUCGCCGGCUUUCAGACGACCUUCGACCCCGCCAAGUCCAAAACCACCCACAACAACCUGGCCAUCGGCUACCGGGCGCGAGACUUCCAGCUGCACACACAUGUGAACGACGGCUCUGAGUUUGGAGGUUCUGUGUAUCAGAAGCUGAAUGAUAAUCUGGAGACGGCGGUGAAUCUGGCCUGGGCGGCCGGGAGCAACAACACACGCUUCGGCAUCGCCGCCAAAUACACACUCGACUCCAACGCCUCCGUUAAUGUUAAGGUGAAUAACUCCAGUCUGGUUGGAGUGGGCUACACACAGACCCUCAGACCAGGAGUGAAGCUGACUCUCUCUGCGCUGGUCGAUGGGAAGAGCAUCAACGCCGGAGGUCAUAAAUUCGGCCUGGGUUUCGAACUGGAGGCUUAAACACCCUGUUCCUCCAUCUGUGUGUUUGUGUUCUAUGCAGAAGCAGAACAUUCCAUCUCUCACACUCACACUCACACACUCACACACACUCUUCGUCAUUCCUCUGAGUCUCAGCACUUUAGUUAUUCCUCUAUAUUUAUUUAUUUCCUUCACCAUCUCUCUCACACACGCGCGCUGCUGGACCUGGGUUCAUCUAUACGUAAGAUUUUUUCCCCCUGAAUGUAAUAUUUUUGUCCGUUAGCGUUCCUGAAAUACGCCCGUGUGUUAGUGUUGACCGAACCCCCGCUACUCCACGAACGAUGUCGUUCUCUGCCUUCAUGUGCUCCUCAGAUGUCCCAAAUUAUGAACCCUGAAAUUAUGAAAGCAUUUGCUUUAAAGCGCUCGGCUAGUUAGCUAGCCUGACCGUGGUAUUUAUGAUUAGCUUGGUGUUAACACAUUGCAGUGAUAAAGGAACUUAGCGUUACUGUAUCCUUACAGAAUGAAUAGAGCGUGCAACACUAACAGGACAAACACUAAAUUGCGCUGCAGUAGUAGCGGGUGCUGAAGUGCUGUUACAGUCAACGCUAAGCUCGUGUGAGUGAAUAUAGAGUUACUGUAUAAUUCACAUUAAAGCUGGUAUUCUGCUACUUCCUGCUUCUUUAUUUGACUUUAAUCAGAUUAAUGCACGAACACUUCAGUGAUUUAAAAUUGGUUUAAUGUAGUUAUACGUACAACAACUUCAUGUACACCGGAUAGAUCUGUCUAUAGGUUUAGGUGUGAUUUACACAAUGCUAACCUGCUAGCUCUGCGCCGUAAACGUGUUCGCGGUGUAGCUGCAGGUUUUUAUCGGGGUGGUUCCUUCAAGAGGAGAUACUCGCUCUGAGAUACCACAGUGACAGGAUGCCUUCUUUAACGAUGGGGCCAUUUCCUAAUCUUUAUACCGUUAAACACGUCUGAUGGAAAUAAGAGGCACGGCGGUGUAGCGCGUUAAUCACAGAGUGCCAGGACAGCACAGGAGUGAAGUAAAGUGGAUUGAAGGGCACUUUACUGGACACGCUGACGUUUCUCACUCGCUCGAGGUUUCCCGCUCUAACACACCUGAAAAAAACAUCAACGUGUAACUGAUUUGGUGGUGUGGCAUGGUGCGUAACUGACAUUCAGGGCGUGGCACAGUGCGUAACUGGUCGGG